AUGAGGUAUCUCCCCGUUCUUUUCGCCGCGUCAGCUGUAAGAGGUGCACUUGCACACCCAGGCGCUCCACACCCAGAUGCGCAAGGAAGAUACACGAUUGAAGCCGAAGGGAUCAAGGCGCAGUUCAUUCCCUAUGGUGCUACGCUUACCAACCUCUUUGUCAAAGACGCGGCGGGCAAGGAGUUGGACAUUGUCCUAGGGUACGACAACACGUCGUACUACCCUGUUGAUCCUGGACAUCCCGUGUACAAUGCAAUUCCUGGGAGAUACGUCAACCGUAUUGGUAAUGGAGAAUACACAAUUGACAACGUCACCUACCACACCGAGAAGAACGACGGACCAAACACUCUGCACAGUGGUACAAACAACUGGUCUUACAGGUUUUGGAACGUCAGUGCCGUGACCAAGGACUCGAUCACGUUCUCCAUCAAAGAUGCCUCCAACUCGUCACUCGGCAUGAUAGGCCAGGUUGAUGCGAGCGUCACGUACUCUGUCUCGAAGAAGAAGUGGCACAUCUCCAUGGAUGCUCGGUCUGUGGACAAUAAGACGCCUCUUAUGCUGACACAGCAUACCUAUUUCCAGCUUGAUGCUUUCAAGCGACCUGACAACCGCACAAUCUGGAACCACACUGUGUACAUGCCUGAGGCGAAGCGGGUGAUAGUGGCCGAUGCAAACGCGCUCCCCACAGGCGAGAUUGCCCAGAUCCCCGCUGGAGCCAUUGAUGACUUCUGGUCUGCGCCACACGAGCUUGGGUUUGCAUCUGGAAAUGCCGACUUUGAGAAUCACUGCGGCAAUGGAUGCCACGGCUAUAACGGCGCUUGGGCCUUCAACGAGAACAGGAACAAGAGCGCAACGGUGCUGACGCUGGCGAGCAAGUUUAGCGGUAUCCAGGCCAAGCUGAGGACCAACCAAGAUGCUGUCGUGCUAUACACUUGCAACUGGAACGACGGAAAGAGCGAAUUCAAGAAGACUCAAGGUGUUGCGGGUCAGGACAAGUUCAUCCCUCGCGAUGGCUGCAUUGCCAUUGAGGCUCAAGACUACGUGAACGGUAUUAACCAUCCAGAGUGGGGUCGCCUCAGCAAGCAGCUUUCCGGCCCUGGAGACAAGUACCACUGGGAGUCAUCGUGGGAAUUUGGGACAAUGUAA